GGGGGGAGGGGGUGUUAAAGGGCCCGCGGCGCGGCUGGGCGCUGUCGCUGUGCGCCAUGGCCUACCAGGGCUUCGCGCAGGAGUACCUGGGCAUGCCGGCCGUGACGCGGGCCUACACCACCGCCUGCGUGCUCACCACCGCCGCCGUGCAGCUGGAGUUCAUCACCCCCUUCCAGCUGUACUUCAACCCCGACCUCAUCUUCAGGAAGUUCCAGAUAUGGAGGCUGAUCACCAACUUCCUCUUUUUUGGGCCCCUGGGAUUCAGUUUCUUUUUCAACAUGAUAUUUCUGUACAGGUACUGCCGCAUGCUAGAAGAAGGCUCCUUCCGUGGAAGGACGGCUGACUUUGUCUUCAUGUUCCUCUUUGGAGGGUUUCUCAUGACACUAUUUGGACUCUUUGCCAGCCUGUUUUUCCUGGGCCAGGCUUUCACCAUCAUGCUGGUGUACGUGUGGAGUCGCAGGAACCCUUACAUCCGCAUGAACUUCUUUGGGCUUCUUAACUUCCAGGCCCCCUUCUUGCCCUGGGUCCUGAUGGGAUUCUCUCUGCUCCUGGGCAACUCCAUCAUCAUCGACUUACUGGGGAUUGCAGUGGGUCACAUCUAUUAUUUCUUGGAAGAUGUUUUCCCCAACCAGCCUGGAGGAAAGAAGUUGCUGUUAACCCCUGGCUUCCUGAAGAUGGUAUUUGACACACCUGAAGAGGAUCCCAACUAUAACCCUCUCCCUGAGGAUCGUCCAGAAAACCAACCUAGAGACCAAGACCAGAACCAGCAGCAGCAUCCACAGUAACACAAGGGACUUCUCCAUGUGGCCAGAUUCCUCUCUUCCGGCUGGACUUAUGCUGUGGCCCAGAGAUCCUACUGGAAUAACACCAGUUGCCAUUCCAAUGUGUAAUGUUUCACUGUUUGUAUGGGUAACCCAUCUUCCCUUUUUAUCAAGUGGUUCCACAGAGCUUUGCACAUAACAGAUGAAUGCUUACGGAGGUGUUCUAGGGACAGGGACUGGAAGUUGUGAUGGCCCCUCAGUUACCCAGGGGGGGAAUAAGUAUCAAAUGGGGUGUUAAACCAAUUACUCCUUCUCUUGCUGUUAAUGACUUGCUGUGUGCCAGGUCACUCUUGUCCUCUGUACAAAGACUAAUGCUCCUGGCUCUCACUGUUGUGAGACAUCUUUGUGGGCUUUCAAUGAAGUAGUACUCCCAACUCUACCAUGGUAGAAUGCGGCUCAGCCUCUUCCUUUCCUCUAAGUCCCCCCUACCUUUUUUUGGUUGUUUCCAAAGAGUCUUUACAUUAAAGUCUUUAUUUUUCA